GACGCCGACCUCUGCGCCUCCUUCGCUACCCAUCACCUCCAACGCGCCCGCAAUGGCUGCCGUGCAAGCCAUCAAGCAGUUCCGGCUAAGGGAGCUUGCAGCGGUCCUCGAUGCGUCUCCUGAAGCGACCACCCGCCCAAAGGUCCCCAACCCAUUCCUCCCGCGAAAGAACCCCGAGUCCGGACGGUGGGCGCCGCCCAAGUAUUCGCGCCGUCGGCAGGCAGAGCUCAUCAAACAUGCUCGCGCAAGCAAUACGCUUCAUCUGCUUCCCCCAGGACCGAAGCUCGGUGUCCAGCAGCUUGCCACGGCAGCAAGCGUACAGAGCGCCACAGGCCCGAGUGCGUUAGUGAGCGAGGAGGCAUGGGCGAGGGGCGUAGAGUGGGAGGGCGAGUUGAAGGAGAAGGCAGAGCCGAGCGCGGAGAUUGGCAGCAGGCUGUACGCCCAGAGGUGGAGGAUGUUUAAGGGGCACAAGUGGGAGCGAACGCGCGAAGCGAGGGAGGAGGAGCGGCGCAAAGCGAUGCAAUACAUGCAGAAGCGCAUCGUCGGCUUCAAAGAGUCGUACCGCCGGAAAAUGCCCAACCCCGCCAGUAUCCCUCGACCCACCAACUAUACCAAGCUACCUUUCUGAUGACGGAGGACCAUUCUCGGCUGCGGGUGUAAUCUCAUUCCUCGUUGAGUCCGUCCAGGUACCCGAGACCUGGUUGAGUAUUUGGACCAGUCUGUACGCCCCGGGUCAAUACACGCACAACGUCAGACAGACGGAACCACGUACCACGCGCGCACUGACUGUCAAAUCCGACGCCCUGUUCCACUCUAGCGACAAGCAAAGCAGCUCUCCGAAUAGCGGCUUGAGGCG